UAAGAAAUGAACCUGCUAAAAUACACUAAAGAUAAAGCACCUUCUCUCUGAAAACAGACUAGGAAGUUUACGUCAAUGAGUGGAGGGAAGUACACUACUGAAGUCGUGGGCGAAGGCUUUGGGUAUAAGGAAUAUCUACUUGAAAAUGGCAAAAGGAUUUCACCAUGGCAUGAUCUCUCCUUGAGAAAAUCAGGUAAUAUCUUCACAGGAUAUUUUGAGCUUUCAUUCGAUGAUCUUAAGAAGAAAGAAGUUGAUGCCACUAUUGAGCAUAAUCCUGUAGUUUGGGACACUCAUAGUAGCAGAGUCACUGGAGAAAAGCAGUUGAGAUAUUAUGCCAAAUUCCCGUAUGUCAACUAUGGAAUGCUCCCUCAGACUUGGGAAAAUUCUACUAUCAAAGACCCAAAAACUGGAGCUUUUGGAGAUAAUGAUCCUCUCGAUAUCUGCGAGCUGGGUUCAACUCCUAUCCCAACUGGGUCUAUUGUAGAUAUCAAAAUUCUUGGUUCUCUUUGCUUGAUUGAUCAAGAUGAACUCGACUGGAAGAUAUUGGCUUUAAACGUAAAACAAGCAGAUAAAGAAGGAAUCAGAGAUCACAAAGAUUUCGAAGAAGCCUACCCAGCCAAAAUUGGUGCUGUUAGGGAAUGGUAUAGAACGAUUAAAGUUCAUGAUGGGAAACAAGAAAAUACUUUUGGCUACAACGAACAAGUCUUAAGUGCAGAGCAGUCCCUUGAAAUAAUUCAAGAGAAUCAUGAGAGCUAUAAUGACCUCAUUAAAGGCAAAAUUCAAAAUGACUUUAAGUUCUGGCUGAGAUAAAAUAUUCAAUUUUA